UCGACAUUCUUUGUUUUCCUGUCCCACCAAGUUACGGGCGAGAAGGCGUGAGAGAAGAGUCCCCUCUUGUGCUGCAUGGAGAACUGAGCACCGUCUAGGAGGAGGAGGAGGUAGAGGAGCACACAAGUCAUCUAGCGGCGGUUGCAGCUUCGGCGUAGGCAACCUGUUCGACAUAAUUUCUGAGAGGCUUGAUGAUGAGGAAACCAUGGAAACGACUCUCGCCAGCGGAGAGGACCGCCUCAAGGCCCUCCCAAAUGAUCUUCUCAUCUAUCUUAUGUCGUUCCUGCCUUCCCGCGACUUUGUGCGGACAUGCGUUCUCGGUAAGCGUUGGAGCACGCUCUGGAAGUCUGUGCCCGCCCUACGCAUCGAUGACCCCGAUAGCUACGACGCCGUUAGUGGCUCCAACACAUUUGUGAACGAGUUUCUUCGCCUUCGCGACCCAACUCCUCUAAAUGUAUGUGACAUCAGUUCGGAUUGCGUGGAGACUACGGCUGAUUACCCCGAAUGGGCCGACGAGGCAUUCCAACAAAUGAAGCCGUGGCUCUGGUAUGCUCUAUCGUGUCAAGUUCAAGUGCUUAAAAUUUGUUUUCCCUGGCGGGUAAUCGACACUACUCUCAUCUCGUCGCACUUGAAGAGGUGACAUCUCGAUGGCAUGCACUUUGAGGGAUGCUCGCUCGAUUUUUUGAGUUGUAAGGUGCUAGAGGUGUUAGAGAUGAUAAGUUGUGACAUCUAUGCGAAUAUCAUGUCCCAAACAUUACGACAUCUUAAAAUUAAUGGUGGGGGUUUUUGUAUUGAUGACCGCAUUCGUAUUUCCACCCCAAAUCUCAUUGGCUUCAGACUAGCUCCACUUUGGGGUUGGGCUCCUUUGCUUGAUAGCAUGCCAUCACUUGUAACAACAUCUGUAAAGCUUGGAGAAGGGUGUGAGGAGGAACUGUGUUACUGUAGUAAUCCAUCAUGUGAGGGAUGUGAUGCUCAACCUGGUGGAACCAACUAUCCCGUGGCUCUGCAAAGUUUGUCGGGUGCUACAAAUUUGAAGUUGAAAAUAUAUGAUCCGACACGGUUAUCUAUUUUCAGAAUGGAUUUGAAAUGGCGCCCUGUGUUUAGGAAGUUAAAAACAUUGUUGCUCAAUGAAUGGUGUGUCGGUGAUGAUUUUACUGGAUUGAUUUACUUUCUCCAGCACUCACCAAUUCUAGAGACACUUAAGCUUCAGCUUGAUCUUGAAAGUUCUGAGGAUUAUCAUUUGAGCAAAACUGAUGAAAGUUGUAACUUAAAGGAACAGUCAUUGCUAUCACCACAUCUCAAGGUAGUCAAAAUUAUAUGUUGCACGCCGGAAGAUGUGAUAGUUCGCCGUAUUUUAAAGAUUCUAUGUGCCCAUGGAGUGCCUUACGAAAAAAUUGAGGUUGAAGUUCGCAUGGUUCAAUUUCGAUCUAUAUAUGAUCAGAUCAUCCCCGUUAUUCAAACUUGAGGCCCUCGGAUCUAGUGCCAUGAAGUUGUGGUGUUUCGUCUACUAGUGUCCUAUUCAUAUGAACUCUUAUGUAUUUCUGUGUAGCUUGUUGCUUGGAUGUUGUCAUAAAUCAUAACAUGUCGAGGUUUGAAGUGCCGUGGUAGUCCUAGUGCACUUUUGCUCAUCUCAUGAACUUAGUGCCAGGCCUGAACCGGUUAUGUAAUUGUGGUAAGAUGUUUCAUGCACCUGUCUAGUGUUGUUCUGGAUUGUGGUAAGUAAUAUGCAACAUGUGAUUGUCUGCUUCUUUC